CCCCGCCCCGGCCCCGCCCCGGCCGGCGGCAGGCGCGCCUGUUUACAGCUCCGACAGUUCCCUCGGUCUGCAAAAACCCAAAGGUGCUCAAGCAAUCUGAGGAAAUCAAAAAAAGAUGUGGCCGUUUUGGGGACUGGACUUGAACCGUGCCCGCUGUGACCUGCUCUUCACAGAAGCCAUCAAUCAAAGGAUGCAGGUUCCCAACAGGCUGAAGGUAGCAGGUAGCUUCAGCCCUAUGGACGAGGAGCCAGUGACAGAGGAUGUCCCUCCUUCCUUUCGGAUGCACAUCCCUGAUAGGAUUUCUCUUGAAGAAAUAUCAGAUGCCAGUUUGAGGCCUAACCUGCUGAACCAGCAAAAGAAGGUCCCCUCUGCCAUGGUGCACACAUCCCCGGACUCCUCUGCACAGCCCACCCACUUCGGGGAGCUCCCUUUUCUGCACAUAGCUAGCAGAUCAAGCUCCCAGAAACGCAAACGAUCGAGCCAUCACAGCAGCAGGUCGCGGCGGGAGAGGACUCCAAGUGACUGUGCCCAGCUGGCCUUGCAUAGCCCAGGCCAGCACCAUGAGCGGCUGGACAUGUGCCCCCUGCCUGCACGUAGUGCUCCGCUCCCCCUCCUCACGGAGACGGGCAGGAUCUACUCCAUGCAGAACAUCUUCCAGACCAUGUACCUCCUGGGUCAGGUGCUCUUCCACCGUGUCCAGCACUCUCUGCAAGACCCAGUGCCAUCCAGCUCCCAGGAGGCUGGCCCAGACCCAGAGAGUGCCUUGGAGGAGGCUGGGGCAGCUGAGAUGGCAGCAAUGAGAAAGCAGUUGACAAGGAUCUCAGGGAGGCUCCGCGUGCUGGAGGAGCAGUGCAACGCCUGGCGGCAGAAGGAGGCCCUGGUCUACUCCGUGCUGAUCUCUGCCUGCCUCAUCAACACGUGGCUGUGGCUGAGGAGAUGAUUUCCCAUGCCCUGACCUCCCAUGCCCAACCCUGGCAGGGUGGGUGAGGGCCGGAAGAGAAUCCUUGCUCAUGUACUUGCAAACAGUAAAACUGUGUGUUUCUUCUUAA